AUGGCCAGCGCUGCCCGCAAAGUACAGGAGCGCCUCUUUGGCAAAUCUCCCCAGAGCUCUGUUCCAGACACUCCUUCGCGUGACACUACCCCUCUCUCCAUCCACAUCCCAAAGCCUGCUCAGAGCCCCACCCCGCCCCCGCCCCGCAAGUCUGCCCCCGCCAAACCCUCUGACUCUCCCAAACCAGAUCCAGACACCACCCUCAAGGCUCUCGAUGGGUUGGGCAUAUCAGACCCCUCCUCCAACACCCCAGACGACGACAAUCGCGCUCGCACCCCAGAGCCCCUCCCCCCUUACCGCGAGCGUCUCGCCAAAAAGCUCGGUCCAGACUACAUCGGCACUGAAAAGUACCGUCUCCAGCAAGACGACGCCCGCGAGCGCCACUGGAAACGCUGGGGGCCCUAUCUCAGCGACAGGCAAUGGGCCACUGUUCGCGAGGACUACUCCGCGGACGGCGAUGCCUGGUCCCACUUCCCCCAUGCACACGCCAGAUCCCGCGCAUAUCGCUGGGGCGAGGACGGUAUUGCAGGUAUAAGCGACAACCACCAGCGUCUCUGCUUCGGUCUCUCCCUCUGGAACGGCGAGGAUCCCAUUCUCAAGGAACGCCUUUUUGGCGUCACUGGUCAUCAAGGAAACCACGGCGAGGAUGUCAAGGAGCUCUACUACUACCUCGAUUCCACACCCACCCAUUCCUACAUGAAGUUUCUAUACAAGUACCCCCAGCGCCGCUUCCCCUACGAGGAGCUCGUCGACGAAAACCAACGCCGUGGACGCGAUGUCGCAGAAUUUGAAAUCCUCGACACAGACGCCUUUGACGAAGACCGCUACUGGGACGUUUUUGUCGAGUACGCCAAAGACGAGGACGAGCCCGACAAUCUCUACAUCCGCAUCACCACCUACAACCGCGGCCCAGAUCCAGCCACCCUGCAUGUCAUCCCCCAGCUCUGGUUCCCCAACACCUGGUCCUGGCCCCUCGAAAAGCCACCCAUGCCUUCCCUCACCGGCUCCGUGCGCGGCGUAGACGAAAUCCGCUGCAUCACCGCCCGCCAUCCGACCCUCGGCAAAACCCACCUCUACGCUCUACCCUCCCCACCACCCGUGGGGCCCACCACCGACUUUGAAGUCGACGACAGCGCAGACGUCGUACAGCCAGCCUUGCUCUUCACCGACAACAACACCAACUUUAGCCGUCUAUACGGCGGGACAAACGAGACGCCCUACGUCAAAGACGCGUUCCACGACCAUAUCAUCCCAGCGCACCGCCCGCCCGCGUCGGCCUCGCAGCCAGAAGACUUUUUCGCCCCGCGCAUUCGCAGUCGCACCGCGUCGCUGUUCGGGAACGAGCGCCCGGAGGUGGUGGAGGAGGGCCCGUGCACCCCGUUCCCUGCUACACCCGGCUCGUUCGUCAACCCGGAGAUGCGCGGGACAAAGGCUGCCGCGCAGUACGUCUUUGCUGACGUCCCGGGCCACGGCGGCUGCGCCGUCGCCCGACUCAAACUCACACCUUCGCGGCUCUCCGCGGACCCCUCGCUAGAAGACGAAACGAUAUUCGACGAUACGCUCGAAGAGCGCCGUGUGGAGGCGGAUGAGUUUUACUCGAGUUUUGUGUUUGGCCCGAUUAGUGAGGAUUUGAAGCAGAUUAUGAGGCAGGCGUUUGGGGGCAUGUUGUGGACGAAGCAGUAUUAUCGGUUUGUGCAGAAGGAGUGGAUGGAGGGUGAUCCGGCGCAGCCGCCCCCGCCGCCUGAGAGGAAGUGGAUCAGGAAUAGAGAGUGGAGGCAUAUGCAUGUUGAAGAUGUGUUGAGUAUGCCUGACAAAUGGGAGUACCCGUUCUUCGCAGCGUGGGAUACAGCGUUCCAUUGCAUCCCACUCGCCGUCGUCGACCCCUCCUUCGCGAAAAAGCAACUCGACCUGCUCACACGCGAAUGGUACAUGAAACCCGACGGGCAGAUCCCCGCAUACGAAUGGAACUUUUCCGACGUCAACCCACCCGUCCACGCAUGGGCCACAUUCCGCGUAUUCAAAAUCGAGCGCAAGCUGCACGGGGGUAAAGAGGACUUGGGGUUCUUGGAGCGGGUUUUUCAAAAGUUGCUGUUGAAUUUUACGUGGUGGGUUAAUAGGAAGGAUAAAGGGGGAAAUGGGGUUUUUGAGGGGGGUUUUUUGGGGUUGGAUAAUAUUGGGGCGUUUAAUAGGAGUGAGCCGUUGCCUACGGGUGGGGAGCUGCGUCAGGCGGAUGGGACGGCGUGGAUGGCGUUUUAUUGUUUGAAUAUGUUGAGUAUUGCGUUGGAGCUUGCGAAGCAUAAUAGUGUUUAUGAGGAUAUUGCGAGCAAGUUUUUCGAGCACUUCAUAUUCAUAGCAGACGCCAUGACAUACUCCUCCUCCACCACCGACGAAUCGCGCUCGCUCUGGAACGAAACAGACGGGAUGUACUACGACGCCAUCGUUUUCGGCCCGGGCCACUCCAUCCAGCUCCCCGUGCGCUCGCUCGUCGGUCUCAUACCCCUGUACGCGACACUUGUGUUGGAGCCGGCGGUGUUGAAUCGGUUCCCGGGGUUUAAGAAGCGGAUGGAGUGGUUUGUUGAUAAUAGGCCGGGGGCGGCGGGGAGGAAUAUGGCUAAUAUGAAAGUUGGUGGGAAAGAGCAGAGAAGGCUUUUAGCGCUUGCGAGUAAAGAGCGGCUUGUCAAGAUUUUGGAAAAGAUGUUGGACGAGAACGAGUUUUUGAGCGAGCAUGGUGUGCGAUCACUUUCGAAGCUGCAUCAGGAGCAUCCGUGGGGGAUCGAUGUGCAUGGGCAGAGGUAUGAGGUUGGGUAUUGGCCGGGUGAUUCGCAGUCGGGGAUGUUUGGUGGGAAUUCGAAUUGGCGCGGUCCGAUUUGGCUAGCAACCAACUUCCUGCUCAUCGAGUCUCUCCAGCGCUUCUACCAAUACUACGGCGACGACCUCCAAGUAGAGUGUCCGACGGGUUCAGGGGAGUAUAUGAACCUUGUAGCUGUGGCGGAGGAGAUUCAGCAUCGGAUUAUUCAUAUUUUUGGACGUGAUGCCGAGGGGAGGAGAGCGACGAAUGGGGGCAAUGGAAAGUUGGAUUAUGAUCCGCAUUUUAGGGAUUAUGUGUGGUUUUAUGAGUUCUUCCAUGCGGACAGCGGGAAAGGUCUCGGAGCGAGUCAUCAGACGGGGUGGAGUGGGCUUGUGGCGUAUCAUAUCUUGCAGAGCGGUGUGAGCUGUAGGUUGCCCAAGACUCCUAGAACGCCGAGGAGUGUGUUGAGGCAUUACUUUGAUGACACGAUCGACUCGCGCUCUGAAUUUGGAGAUGAUGCGAAAUCUGCGAGCGGGUUCAGUGCGGUUGGAAGUAACUUUGAGAAUUGGGAGUUGAAUACGCUUGGGGAUAUUUCGCCGGAUGCGCUUUGA